GGUUUCGAAGCUUGGGUUUGGUUGCAUGGGGCUUAGUGGAGUCUAUAAUGCACCUGUGCCUGAAGAAGUUGGCAUAUCAAUCAUCAAACACGCAUUCAACAAAGGAAUAACUUUCUUUGAUACCUCAGACAUUUACGGACCACAUACUAAUGAAGUUUUGGUCGGAAAGGCACUGAGGGAAUUGCCUCGAGAUAAGAUUCAGUUAGCCACAAAAUUUGGUGUAGUCAAAAUAGGGACUGAUGAAGUUGAGGUGAAUGGAACCCCUGAAUAUGUCCGGUCUUGUUGUGAAGCAAGCCUGAAACGCCUCAAUGUGGACUACAUCGACCUCUAUUACCAGCACAGAGUGGACACAACAGUCCCUAUAGAGGACACUAUUGGGGAACUGAAGAAAUUGGUGGAAGAAGGAAAAGUAAAGUACAUUGGGCUAUCUGAGGCAAACGCAGACACAAUAAGGAGAGCACAUGCAGUUCAUCCCAUCACUGCUCUACAAAUGGAGUGGUCUCUUUGGACUCGUGACAUUGAGGAAGAAAUCGUCCCGCUUUGCCGGUAA